GUUGUUUGUUUGUAUGCGUGCGCGGCGUGUGUGUGUGCGGUGGCGUCGAUGUCUUCGCUCAAAAAAAGUUUUUGUGCAGUUUUGCUGAAUAAAAACGCGUUUCGCAAACGAAAAACCCAAAACCAAGCAACUUAAAUGCUCCUCCAGUUGAUAAACACAUCUAAGACAGCCAGUUCAUUCAUUUGGCUCAAUUUUCUAGUCGUGCCGUUUGAUCGUGUGUGAUUUUUUGUUUUUUUUUUUUGUUAUAGUUUGUUUUUUUUUUUUUUUUGUGGGACAAAAAAGCGGCAAAGUCGACUGCUAUUUUGCGACGUUUGUUGCCCAGAGACAUGGAGCUGUUUGACAUGGUCAAGGCAGCACCGCCGCCGCAGACAAUCAGUGCUCCGGAGCGCACUUCACCGCCAUCGCCCAUCCCGCCCGAUUCGCCGGAUGCAAUAGCAGCCACCGACGCUGUCGACGACGCUGACCUCCUGCAGAGCGCGGUCAAAGAUGAGGAAGGAAACAAUGUCGAAGAUAGGAAGUACUCACCCAAACGCCAUAUUGAUUCUCCUCCUUUGCCCGGGCUAAAAAGUGAUGAAUCUUUAUUUAAGACACCGCAGAACAUACAAAAGUACAAGCAAGAUGAUAUUAAGAUCGAUGAGGUGAAGCCGAAGACAGAUGAUGAAGAUGAUGUUGUACAACAAGUCGCCGGGGACAAGUCAGAGAACCUGGAGGGUAAUGACUCGGAUGGAUCCUUAGAUGGUUACCCAAAGACCUUACCGACCAAAACGAAGGCGCAGCAGAAGAUGUUCAGUGAUUUGCCUGAUCAGUCCGCAUCGCUCAGCUGCGUCCUUCGGGAAUUCAGUAUCCGCGUUCGGCGUCUCAAACAGUCAGAGAUCGAUUCUGCCUGCGCCUCGUUGGCCAAGUCAAAGUUUGCCUCAUCUGAAACGCCCUCGCGUAAGCGAGGCAGGCCGCGUAAGAGCGCCGAGGACAAGAAAUCUCCGUCUCCGGCAAAGAAACUAAAGAUUUCGCCCACAGCCAAGAUCCACAUUAAAGUUCCUCUGCCGUCUGGGGCCAAAAAGAGAGCGCUGGCAAAUCUGGCACGAACUCACACGCCGCCGCCCAUCUUGUCCAGCCGAAUCAAGGCGAAGCCCAAGCCCAAGCAAAAGCCCAAGGGACUCAAGGUCAGCCCGGCGUUGGUCCAACGCUAUGGAAGGCGCGUCUUUAGCUGUGUGGUUAAUGUCAAAAAGCUGAAGUGGCCAAGCAAAAGCGGGGAACGGCCGAGGCCCAGACGUUCCAACCUUUCGGUCUCCUUCAACGAGUCCGUCGAGAUAUUGGGCAGCAACGAGGGCAGCCCCAGGCGCUACACUUUCGGUGCAAUCUCAUCCAAGUCGCCGAAGCCCACGCGCUUGCAGCGCGUAGAUGCCACGGGCAAUGUUCUGGAGGACAUAGCACUCACAGCGAAUAUGUUGGUGUCACCUUCGUCUGCCCCAUCCGGUUCGCGGGGCAAGGGCAAGCGUCGCUCUUGCAACGGAUCACCACAGCUGAAGCGCCCGCACCAAAGAAUUCCACUGUCCGGCUUGGCCAGCCUCCGCCUGGACGAUGGACCGAGGAGUGACGGCGAUGACGAUGAGGAGUACAUAGUGCCCAACGAGCUGCCGGGUAUGCAAAGACCUGGAACACCAACGCCGAAGAAAAAGAAAAUAUCAUAUACGACGACCAUUAGCGACGAUGAGGAUGAGAAGGCACCCCCUCAAAAAAAACCCAAGGACGCCAAGGAAGCUCCCAAAAAGGAAGCAAAAACGAAACCGAACUCAAAAAAGGUAGAAAAGUUCACAUCACUGAAGGAGAGCGUCCUGCAGAGUGUAGUACCGCAAGGUAAACCCAAUGAGAUUGUAAAGGGAAAGGAACAGAAGGAAUCCGGUGAUGUUCCGGGUAAAGACGAUCAAAAAGAUGCCGAAACGGAAGUUCAAAAUGUGACGGAAACGACAGCAAAUGACGGCGAAAAACCGGAUACGCCAAGGCCAGUUGAUAUUUUAGAAGACAAUCCACAGGAAACAGAAGAGGCUUCGACGGUGGAAACUGAUGUGGGUGCUGGAGAAGAAAGUGUAGAGGAAAAUGCUGAUAAGAAUUCUCAGGAGAAAACAAGUGUUGGUGAAACUACUGACAAGAAAUCAGAGGAAAAGUCGAAAUCAAGUGUUGGGGAAAAUGCUGAAAAGAAUCCUGUGAGGGAGUCGAAAUCAAAUGUCGAGGAAAAUGGUGAAAAGAGUCCUGUGGAAGAAUCGAAGGCAGCCGAGGAGGCAUGUGAAACAUCGGACAUGUCAGCGCUGGAAUUAGAGGAACCCAGCAGGCAACUCAGGGAUGACAAAACGAAGCCAGAGAAAGUUGGCGACGUUGAGGUCUUUAGGGAGAUGGAUACACCGCCAUCGCAGCCGCCGCUGCCGCUAAACUCAACUGAGGAGAAUCCGGACGAUGUUCUCGAAAUCCAGACAUCCCUCGAAGACGUCCGGGAGUUGCACACACCCUUCUCAUCCCAGCAGAGCACGCCCCAGGCAUCCAAGCGCGUACGCCUGGAUUCCGGGGACUCGGACUGCAGCUUCAAGUCGGCCAAUGAGCCGAACAAGGAAACUCAGCUAGAACAUGGUCGAGGAGGUGAGGCAGUCGGCAAGGAAGACGCGGCAUCUGGAGAGGACAAAUCCAUUAUCGAUUCCGCAGAGUUGAUGACGCCGCCUAAGACGGUCAAUGGCUGUGAUCCGACGACCAGCGAGCCGACGGUAUUUUACUCGCCCAUCGAGGCCAUGCCCACGCUAGAUGAUGAGGUCCUUGGCCAGUUAGUCGAGCCCGACUUUCAGUUGAACUCCAGCCGCCAUGCCAUCUCUAGGGGAACUCUGGACGACAUAAUGACAGCUCUGGAAUCUUAGGAGACAACCGACUCACGCUCAAGCAUACACAAAAAGGUGAUCACACAAGGAGAUGAAACUGGCGCCUGCCCGCAGGACUGCUUUAUAUGGAACAUACCUUUUUUUUUUAGUUGUUGUUGACGACUUUAAACCAAGAAGCAAAGGGACUCAAUGUCCCAAAGUAUUUGGUUAAAGGAACUGAUUUCCGCUCAAGUCGUGUUAUGAAGACACCCUUACUUUACAUUAUUUUUUAAGUACAUUUAGUUGUCCUGCAAGCAGUUGUUUGUAACGAAAUGCUAAGCUUAGCUAAGGAAGCAGCCAGCCAGGAUCUAGUCGGCUAACCGGACGGAAGACCAACAAAACUCACACACACAGACACCCGAAUUUACAAUUUAGCGUAAAUUCAGUUGAGUUUUCUAUUAAAAUUAAGCGCGGAAUGAAUUAGAAGUGAAAAUAUCCAUGUAUAUCUGAAGGGAUCGUUAUGUUAGUUAUAUGCCUAAAGAAAGUACAUUGUAUCAAUUUGUUCAAGUUCAAAUUGUUUUCAACUUUUUUUUUAUCAAAAGGAACAUAAACUUAAUAGAAUCGAUAGCAUAUAUAUCAUAUACAUAUAUAUAUGUAUAUGUAUAUUUAUAUAUAAACGGAAACAUCUUAAACUAGUUGUACAUUUAUGUAAUUGAAACAAUGAGCGAAGUAAUGCCCAUGUGUAAAUGUAUAAAGAAACAAAACCAAGUGGACAAAAUACAAA